AUGACGGCGCGCUCCCGGGCUCCCUGGGAAAGAGCAAGGCCCCAGCAGGUGAGGCCGUUUCCGUCCCCCACGGAGCGGCCUGGGACCUCCAGGAGGCCUCGUCGGGCCUCGCGCCGGGGUCCCCGCCCCGUCCUGCGGAUCCCGCCCCCGUCCUGGAGGCCCCGCCCCGUCCUGCGGAUCCCGCCCCCGCCCCGUCCUGCGGAUCCCGCCCCGGCCCGGAGGCCCCGCCCCGUCCUGCGGAUCCCGCCCCCGCCCCGUCGGCCCCGCCCCGUCGUCUCCCGGCCUCCGCGCCCGCCGGGCUCGGCUCCGACCUUGCAGCGGCACCGCGCGGGCGGGAGGCGCGGAGCGAGCGCAGCCCCCACGGCGGCCCCCAAUGAGCGGCGCGAAGCCUGCGCCCCCGACGACCAGAGCCCGCUGCGCGCUCCGCCCCCGGCUCACCUGGUGCCUCGCAGGUGGGCGCCUCCUUGCAGCCCUGCGGGCCCGCGCCCCUGCGCCCGCAGCCCGGGCCUGCGCCCCGCAUCCCUGCAGCAUCUCUUCGGCGCCCGCAGGGCGAAGCUGCACCUGGCCAAGGGCAGCCCGCACUCCCCAGCCUGGCUGGCCGCCUCACCGCCUUCGUCCUGUCCCCACCGAGCGCUGUAA